AUGAGUCAUCAGCAAAAAGUAUCCAAAAACGAAAAGAUAGUAAAAGUAUUACUAUUGGGAGACAGCUUUGUCGGAAAGACCUCAAUAAUCAACCGUUAUGUGCUUCAAAUACCCACUAAAACUUACAAGGCAACGGUCGGGGUGGACAUUUGUUCGAAGCACAUAAUUGUGAACUUUCGUGUCGUCACCCUGCAGCUUUGGGAUACUGCUGGACAGGAGCGAUUCCAUACACUCGGCAUUGCUUUCUAUCGCGGUGCUGAUUGUUGUGCACUCGUCUUUGAUGUAACGAGUCCAAGCUCUUUCAAGAAUCUACAGACAUGGCAUGAUGAGUUUCUCAUAUUGUCCAAUCCUCGCAAUCCCGAAAAUUUUCCUUUUGUCGUCCUAGGCAAUAAGGUUGACCUAGAGAACCGCCAAGUAUCCAGGCACCAAGCUGAAAAAUGGUGUAAAUUGAAAAAUAUGCCCUAUUUUGAAACAUCCACCUUGGACGGACUAAAUGUGAAGCAAGCAUUCCUGGAACUAGCCGAAAAAGCAGUAGAGCAGAUGGAAGAAGAGUUAGAUACACCAGACUUCCCUGAUGUUAUAAAAUUAGAUCAGAAAUCAUAUAAACGUAAAAAGUGUUACUGCUAG